CAAACAUUGUCACGCUGCUAAGGGGCUCACAACUUACCUUGAUCGUAUUGAAAAAAAUCACCUGUGUAUCCGAAGAUUUUUCCUCGAAACUUGAUAUAAUUUUUUUAAUUGAACUUAAUUUCGGCUACAAGCAAAUGGACGCUGAAGUCCUAUCUAACAAAUUCUACAAUCUGCAAACGCAGACGGACCGGACACCUCCAAAACAAAACCGAAGUGCACCUGGAUUUUAUGACGCAAAGGAUGACGUAACUAAACGACCCGUCUACCUACAACGUUUGAGUAGUUUACCCGAAUAUGCAACUUGUAAAGGCGAAAUAUUUAGAGCUACUAGAGUACGUGUAGCACGAAACGCCUCCAACGGAUCUGAUAGUGGAUUACAAACGUCUGAUUCGCCUAGCUCGAGUGAGGCAUCAGAAGGUCAAGAUAAUAUAUUUAGCUAUCAAGAAACGUCGAAGAGCUCAAUGCUAAGGAGGAGAUGUAGCGUUGAUGAAAUUCUAGCCCGGCAUGAAGCGGCUGCAGCCGCUUACGUGAACAAGAGACGUUACAGUGAGCAAAUAACUCCAAUCGAAUGUCCCCUGAGCACAUUACAAAGAUUUCGACGCUUCAGCGAGCAUUUACGUAAUCCUUUCACAGAGAAUGAAACAUUAAAACUUAGAAGAAAUACAUCAGUAACGCAAAAACGCCUGUUUAAACGUAAAACCGAUCUAUCGAAAUCCGAUGGCGAUUUAACAGCUAUAGAUGAUUACGAUUACGGUUUCAUGAACGACAAUGAUUCACCUACAGAUACGAUUAAGGAUAAACCGCCUUCAUCGCCGUCGAGAAAUCUUAUCUUCACGAAAAAGUGGAAAAAGAAGCCUAAAUCGUCCAAUUGUAGUUGGAAACCGGAGGACAAUUGCAUUUGGACACAUCAAGAAGUAUCACCCGACUCACCUCCCCAGCAAAUAUCACUUCAGUCAACAAGCGUUCUACGAUUAACAGACGUAGAACGAAUUGCCUUACAAAAAAUUGCGUUUAAUAAACUUCAAAACGCAAAUUUAAGCGUUUCCGUUAAUAUUCCAAAAGACCCAAGUAGGAGACCACAAAAGAAAGCGGGCUUCCUUAAACGACGAACCAUAUCGGGCAUAUCUGGUGAUUCUAAGCAUAGGGCCAAAGAUGGCGUGAUCAACACGACUUUCGGUCAGCCAAUACAUAAAUGUCUUCUAAGAGAUUUCGAGGGACGUCCUGUUCAAAGAUUAAGGAGAGAAUCUUUGAAUGUGGAAACAACGUCAAGACCGUCAGUUAGAAAGUCUAGUUCGAGUUCAGGUGGCGGGAUAAGCUUGGAUUCCGAAUCCGAUAUCAGUAGAUCGACUCUUGUAGACGCUUUGAGUUUACAAUCGUCUCCUAGCUCUUCGGAACAUUCUAGGAAAGAUUCCCGCUUAAACUCUCUCAUUCCUCACGAACCGUUGGUGCCUUAUAUAGUACAGAGGUGUUGCUCGCACUUGAAAAAUAAUGGUUUAAAUGUUCUGGGUAUAUUUCGGAUAGGAAGUUCAAUGAAACGAAUUCGUCAACUUCGAGAUGAAUUCGACAGAAGUGGAAAUGUAACCAUAACAAACGAAUAUACUCCACAUGACGUGGGCGCAGUACUAAAGGAAUACUUUCGGGAUCUUCCUGAUUCUUUAUUAACUAGAGUUCUUUACCCAGCCUUCUUAGCCACAACAAAACUUGUAGGCGAACGGCGAUUAGAGGUUUUACGGUUAUUAAUCGCCCUUUUGCCGGUUGUCAAUAGGGACACUCUAUACUUACUACUCAAUUUUCUGCACACUGUUACUUUACAUUCCAACGAUCGUUUGGAUGAAUAUGGUAAAGUUCUGCAGGGGAAUAAGAUGGACAGCCAUAACCUGGCUAGAUUAUUUGGACCCAAUAUUUUACACCAGUCGAAGAACACAGAAUUCGCUGUUGAGAACGAAGGGGCCAAAACGGCUUGCACAGAUAUAAUAGAGGUCACCGAAACCCUAAUAGACAAUUAUUCCACGCUUUUCGAAAUAUCGAAAGAGGAGCAUAAUGAGAUUUUUAAAUUUCUAAUGGAUAAUAACCCGGAUGCUGUUAACUUUCUCCUCGUAAAAAAGUAUAGCGAGUUAAGGAAUAAAUCAGAAAUGAAUUCAAAAAGUGAUAAUGGUAGAUUGGAAUCAUCAACACCGAUUUCGCCUAUUAUAUCGCCUUUGACGUCCUAUCUUCAAGUACCUCAAUUAACGGCGGCCACACCGUCGCCGAGAAUAUCGCCAAGUCCUAAAUCAUCCAGACAGUCUUCCGAAUACGAUCAACAUCGGCCAGAUAGGAAUGAGCACUCUUCUUCAGUUCGCCUAAGAAAAGUUGCUAUUUCAACACAACGGCCACCUUCCGAACCAUUGUACGCCUCGAGAGCUCCAACAAAUGCGGAGUUACGAGAACGUUGGUUCAUGGAAACACCCCAAACAUACUCUCUUCCUUAUCACAUAGUCGAUUGUUCUUAUACUCCUGCAGAACGUGCAAUGACUCUUCCAAGUUCUGAUUCGUAUCGAACGUGGAACCUUUCGAAAAGUAAGAGUGUUAAAGAAGAACCGGAAACUCUUGUCUAAUUUAAGAAAACAAACAAACAAUUUAAUAUCAAAAUUUAAAGAAAUUAUAUCUUCUCUCUUCUUUUUUUGCAUCUAGUUUCUUGUAUUAUAGAAAAUUUUUUUCAGUAGUUAAAUAAUAUUUUAUCUGAAAUUUUUUAUGAUUAAAAAAUGAUUCAAAUACGAAAUAAAUGAGAAAUUUUUCUUUUCUCUUUUUUUCUUCAUUUUAAAUGAAACUAAAAUUGAAAAUUUGUGUAUUUU